ACACGAGGCGCAAGGCGCUACCGGCGAGGCAACUUCCUGUCAAUCAUUACCAGAACAAGCACUCUCACAGAACACACAACCAUCCCGCCGACAACCAACUUACAACCACGGAAGACUCGAAUUGCGGCUGCAGCUCUCCUCUCGUCUCACACGAACCCGCGCAACAAAACGUUUCUCCGAUUGUCGUCAUCUUCUCCGCAACUUCUUCCAGGCCGCCAGUCCACGCUGAUCCUCCCUGCAUACCAGUACUCACUGGCAGUAGACUAUCUACGUCUCUUCGAACCUUUCCUUUCCUUCCAUACAUUCCGCGACCAAUUUCGAGAUGGCCGGGUCGCGUAAUUAUGAUUUCCUGAUCAAGUUGCUAUUGAUCGGUGACUCUGGUGUGGGCAAGUCAUGCUGUCUCCUUCGAUUUAGUGAGGAUUCCUUCACCCCGUCCUUCAUCACCACAAUCGGUAUCGAUUUCAAGAUCCGGACGAUCGAGUUGGAUGGAAAGAGGGUCAAGUUGCAGAUAUGGGAUACAGCGGGACAAGAGCGCUUCAGAACCAUUACGACUGCCUACUACAGAGGUGCUAUGGGUAUAUUACUGGUCUAUGACGUUACCGAUGAGCGUUCCUUCAACAACAUCCGGACCUGGUUCUCGAACGUCGAGCAGCAUGCAACAGAGGGCGUCAACAAGAUUUUGAUAGGAAACAAGUGUGACUGGGAAGAUAGACGUGUAGUUUCAACUGAACGAGGUCAACAACUGGCAGACGAGCUCGGCAUCCCGUUCCUUGAAGUUUCAGCAAAGAGCAAUAUCAACGUGGAAAAGGCGUUUUACAGCUUGGCGGCAGAUAUCAAGAAGAGAAUCAUCGAUACCGCAAAGAUAGAUCAAUCGAGCCCUGCAGGUGUAGAUGUUGGUGCGCAAGGAAGUGGAAAUGGACUUGGAGGGAAGUGCUGCUAGAUGGUGAAUGGCUGUUUGUGUAAGGUCUCCUUUUGUUUGUCUAAGAGCACUUUAUGGGUGGAGUUUGGUCAUAUCAAAUGGUAUUACAAAUUCAAGGCUUCUCCUUGCCUCUCAGGGUUGUGCAUUUCGAUGGGUUGGGGGAACGAUUGAGAUGAACGCGGAAGUCAAUAGAGAGAAGUAUAUGCGAGUUAUUCGAGGCUUGAGUUACCAUAAUAUUUCUGCAUUAACGAUAGGUGGUGGCUCGUCCUCUGCUCUUAUAUCCUGUUGUAUAUGUAACGGACGACAAUGCCAUUCCCUCACAAAUCUCCGAGCUUCAUGUGAGUCCUUGAAGGUUAUUAUAAACCGCCCAGGGCCGUCGUAGGUACGACGUCCUCCAAGUUUACCCCUUUUCUGAGUAACUGAAUUGUCGC